AUGGCUUAUAUUAUUGAAUGUUCUACAGAAAAAUUAUUUCUAAUAACAUCAGGCUUAUUUAGUUUGGAUAUUGUACCGAAAAUUCAUUCUCUAUCACAAAUAGAAUAUAUCUAUAUAUUUUGUUGCAAUGAAAAUAAAUAUCAACAAUUGACCAAGAAUUAUAAUAAAAUACAUGGAAUAUUUAUAAAUACAAAUAAUCUAAUAAACAAAUUAAAAAAAGAUAUUAUUCAAUCAACUAGAAAUGAAAAUUUCAUCGAAAAUUCUAUUCGAAAUUCUAGUGACGAUCAACCAUCGAUCAUACAGUUUGACAUAUUAGUCGAUACACUUGUUCGAAUGAGUGAUGAAGCUGAUAAUAAAGCAACAAAAGAUAUGAUUGAACAAUGUCGAUCAUAUUAUAGUAAUAAUCAAAAUCAAUUAGAUAUUAUUGAUCAAUUUGAAAAAGAAUAUCAAUUUGAUCAAGCUAUUAAAUGGUAUAUGAGAGAUGCAUUUGUUUAUCGUUUACUCAAUCGAGCAUUUCGAACUGAAAAUAUUGAUAUUAUUUAUAUAUUUCGAUUUUUUGUUAAAAAUUUAUAUCACCCUUGCAAACAAAAUUCCUGCUUAAUUGUGGGCAACUACUCAGAACUCGAUAUAAGAAACAAAGAAGUAACUAUGGUGAACACCAACGAACAAGAUCUUAUGUUUCAUAUAACAUACACAGCCAUUCAAUAUACACAUCGUGAAGAAAUUAUACAACGACAAUUGCAAAAUUAUGGCUUAGCAGAUGCACUUGCAAGAGAUGUACUAAAAUUACUUGAUCAAAUCGAAACUCUUAUAUAA